GUUUGGCCUCCUGCAACCCUGGCGUGACAGUUGAGGACAAGUAGAAGACUGGUGUGGCUCCCGAGAUGGGAAAAGCUCCAGGUCUCUACAACAGAACCACUCUAGUAAUACCAGCAGUGCUCGGAGCCCCUCAGUACACCCUGCCCAGCUCUGAGUGUCUCCAUGGCAGAGGUUCCAGGCGCAGUGCAGCCACCGCAGCAGGAGCAGCAGACCAGCUCUACGGAGGCAGCUGAAGUGGAAUGUCCCAUCUGCUACCAGGAAUACAACCAGGGAGGGAAGUGCCCCCGUAUGCUGGAGUGCCUGCACGUAUUCUGCACCGAGUGCCUACAGAGGAUCCAACUGUCGCCCAUCCAGCCUCCGGAUCCCCACAGCCCCCCAUCAAUCUCCUGCCCACUGUGUCGCCACCCCACCCCCCUGGAGACUGGGGACGCUCAAGCCCUCCCCUGCAACUCUCGCAUUUUGGCCCAGCUGCCUCCCCUGGCGUUCCGCAUGCCGGUCUCCGUCUCCAGCCGUCUGACCACCAUCACCCAGCGCGUGGUGCUGUCCCUGGACUCCCGGGACGCUCGCUUCAUCAUCCUGCCCACGGUGAGCCUGCGUGUGGAGCAGAUGGGGACAGGGGAGGAGCAGCACCCCACCGCUCCCUCUGCUGGUGCUUUGGAGGGGCAGCAGGAGCCGGGCCGGGCCCUAGUGUGUGUUCAGCUGCUGGCCCUCAUCUUCUGGAUCCUCUUUGUCAUGGCCUGUGUGGUGGGAGUCGUCUUUGGGCCAAACUUCUUUCGCAACUAGACCAAGGAUCACAAAAUGGAAAAGGCAUAGUUAUACUCAAAUAUUUCCUCCGGUGAAAUUAUUAUUAGUUUCCUUUUGGACUCAAAUCACAUAGGAGAGGGUAUAGCCACCUGUCUGUAUUCCACAUUGACCUCAAUUACUGUCUGCACUGUUUACAAAAA